CAAGAUAAAGGUAUGUUAAGUAGCUAGGCUAUGUUGCAAGCUAACGUUAGCUGGCUAGUUAGUAUAUCUUCUUGUUUUAGGAAAGUUCACGUUUGAUUAAACAUCCGUAAAUAGCCUUGACAUCUUAAUAUAUUAUAAUACAACAUAUUACUUAGCUAGUUUUAGACAUAUUAUUGUUAUCUUGUUACAGGUCCAUCUGAUCUAUUCAUUUUAUGUCAUUAUUUAAGUAUUUAAUUUAAUAUUGUCUGUUUUGUACAUUUACAUUUAUUUUUUAUAUAAGAAGAUAGUGUUUAUCUUAAGUUAUUUUAUUUGUAGUUGAUUGUUCUGCACUUUUGCACGUUGCUAAUUUUUUUUAACCAAAAUUAAUUAAAGUGGUUAACUUGCUUACAGUAAAUGCAUUGCCUGCUGGUUUAUUUUGCUACUUUUCAGUACACCACAUUAAGUAUGCCACUUAGUACUGUAAGACUUAGAAUAUUACAGUUUUUCUCGAUUGCUUAAACACUAUAACCAGGCUUUUGAACUAAAAUUUCAAAACCAUAAUGCCAUUUAUCAAAAAGCACACCCAUUUCCCUAAACUAUAAACACUACUCCCCUGUUUUGACACAUGAGUCAGAUUUGUUGAACUGUCACUGCAAAACUCUACACACAAAUCUCUUCAUUUCUCAUUGCCUAAACCAUGUGGUCAUUUAGAAAGCACUAGCAUUCAAUAUUGUUCACUCAAGUCAGCACAGCUUGAGCUCAAUUAGCACACAAUUACCCAGGUGGAAACACUAAGAGUCAGAAUUGAUCACACAAAAAUCAGAAUCUUCAAUAGAUAGAUAAAAGGGCCCGAGUCAGUUCGUUCAGUUUUGGAACAAUGGAUCCAGAGAGACGUGAAGGAAGAGGUCGAGGACACCGGAGAGGAGGAGGAGGAAGAGCAUUAGGGAGUGGAGGAAGAGGUGAAGGAGUAGGGAGAGGAGGAGGAGGAGGACAACGACGACGACAAGGAAGAGGAAGGGCAAGGGUAAGGAGACAAGCAGUCUCGGAUGAAAUUCGUGCCACUCUAGUUGACCAUGUCCUUGUCCGUGGUAUGACUACGAGGGAGGCUGGGCAACGAGUACAGCCAAACUUGAGUCGCUUCACCGUCGCCUCGAUCAUAAGAACCUUCAGGGAGGAAAACAGGACACCGAGACGACCACCUGGUGGAGGCAGGCUAAGGCUUUUGUUGGAGGAGCUAGAGAGGGAGCUGGUAAAUAUGGUCAUUUCCAACAACGUAAUCCGCCUGCGUAGAGAUUCAAAGGAGAUUGAUUGAAGACAAUCACCAGUUUCGAGAGAUAAAUGCCAUCAGCCUCUCCACAAUUGAUCGCAUCCUCCGAAAGCACUGUUUCCGGAUGAAAUGGGCCUACUGCGUCCUUUUCGAACGAAACUCUGACAGAGUGAAAGACCAACGUCUGGAAUAUGUACGAGUUUUUAUAUUGUAUGAAGUAUUGUGUAUUGUCACUGUGUUGCAGUACAGCAGUGUAUACAGUAGCACAAAGUACAUAUGGUUGUCUGCCAUUUGUGCCCUCUUGAACUGUGUUUCAGGGUAGUCAUUUACUCUACUGUGUUUCAUGUGUUUUGAAGAGAAUCUUUGAGAUUGAAGGCCGGCCUGUUCCCCAUGAGAUUAUCUUUGUUGAUGAGGCUGGAUUUAACUUGACCAAAAGAAGGAGAAUGGGGAGGAACAUAAUUGGCCAUCGGGCUAUUGUGAAUGUCCCUGGCCAGUGAGGAGGGAACGUCACUAUGUGCACGGCCAUCAGUCAACGAGGGGUACUCCACCGCAAUGCCAUUCUUGGACCCUAUGACACUAUGUUCCUCCUUGGUUUCCUUGAUGGUCUAAGAGAGCGUGUGUUCCAGCUUGACCAGAGGGAGCCAGCACAACCAGAGCAGACUCGCUACGUAGUUGUUUGGGAUAACGUCAGCUUCCAUCGCGCUGCUGUGGUUUGUGACUGGUUUACCAAUAACCCGAGGUUUUCCAACAUCUUUCUGCCUGCAUACUCUCCCUUCCUAAACCUGAUACAGGAGUUUUUUUUUCGGCAUGGCGGUGGAAAGUGUAUGACCGAGAACCUCACAUCUGUGUUCACCUCCUCCAGGCCAUGGAAGAAGCCUGCCUAGACAUUUCAGUUGAUUCGUGCCAGGGGUGGAUCAGGCAUGCAAGAGGAUUUUACCCCCGCUGCCUGUCUAGGGCCAAUACAGCCUGUGAUGUUGACGAGAUUCUCUGGCCUGUCCCAGACCAAAGACGGGAUGCUAGGGCAGAAUAAUUUUGUUGUUGUUUGGUGUAUUGUACUGUAGAGUACAUUUAAGGAAUAAAAAAAUGUGCAAAUGUAUACAUUUGUUGUGUCUUUUGUUGUGAUCAUCAUGUGAAAAGGUUUUUGAGGGGGAGAACCACAAGCAACAUAACUUUAUUACUGUUUUUUGUAGUAUUGUUUUGAAUUUAUCUCACCAGUGUGUAAGACUGUUGUAGUGUGUGUGUUUUUGAGGGCUUGUGUUUCAUGUCUGAGGGCAAAGUUUGGUUUUUCAGCAAGAUUGAAUGGUUUCGAGUGGAGAGCUUCAUUUUGAUCUGAAAAUAGGAAGUUUAGGGAAUUGGGUAAGAAGUUAUGGAUUUGUGUUUAGAGUUUCGAGAAAAGGAGGCAUAAUUUCAAGAAAUGUGUUUAAGCAAUCGAGAAACCGUAAUCCACAAAAGUCCAUAUUUCUAUUAGUCUAAUUCACUGCAUACAGACCAUUUACACUUUCAUUCCAAUGAAUGUGCUGUCUUUGUUUAUAUCAUAGGGAAUAGAUUAUAUAAUCGGACGCUGAUGGUGCAAUAACCGGAGAAGAAACUCAGAAUUAAAUUACACUUGACCCAGCCAAUUAACACUUUGCGUGAGCAAUUUUGCCUAGAUUUAGCGCAUGCUUGCAUGAAAAUACCGAAACUUCAUGGCCAUGCCCACUGACUUUGGCCGUAUGACUUAUCGCAUAGCGUUGCGUUUAGUGUUAGUGCUCUUAAAAA